AUGGCCAGGGAGGAAUUUUUGAAAGUCACCCCCUUGGUUGAGAAAAUUACCUGGAGGAGCAAACUCUCGACCCUUGAGUCGACCUACAACUAUUACGCGCUAUUCUUCCGACUUGAAAUGUCGACGAAGCCAAGUGGCUGCAUAAUCGAGAAGGAAUCCGUAGGCGGCCAUUGGUUCUUCAAAAAGAAAAACAGCACUGGUCGUUUCGUCGCCCAAUGGCUAGACUCUGGGGACGAUAGCGGCAAAUACCCUUCUUUCAAGGGCAUUACGAAGGCCAGCUUCUGCAAUUCUGCGUUGGACGAUCUGGAUCUCUGGGUUGAGCCUCCGAUGGCAUAUGGAGAAAAGCCAGAUGCCCACCCGGAUAAUAGUCUAGUUGUGGCGGUCUACACGGCCAAUUUUAUCCAAGGCUUUUAUCACGCAUAG